AUGGAGAAUCCCGACAUCAAAACAGUUAGUCACGAUGGCAAGGAUAUUCUGCUAGAGUUUCAAGGACGCCGGUCUCAUAUCCCACAGCCCCUAUCUAUCAAUGAUACCACUGUAGUUGAAGAGUUAGGCUUCCCGUACAAACCUUCAAUGAAGCUUUCACAGCCUGGCUUCGACUGGGGACUUGGUUGCUUCGGUAAUCUUUCAAAGAUAAUUGGAACUAGCAAAAAUGAGUAUGAUGAUCUGUAUUGGUUCGAUUUUUUUGAAAUCAACACCGCAAAACAACUGUUCGAUGGGAGUCAAGUCUGGGAUGACGAUGACGCUUGGAUUCGCUUCGUACGUUCAACCCAAAGGGUCGAAGAGCCGAAAACUGAAGAGCAGCUGAUCAAGUUCAACGCGACUCAACCCGAAAGCUCGGAUGAAGUCGAACCUGUUCAAGUCCGACCUCGCACUUCGGAUGCAGACAGGUUUUUAGCGAUGCUUGACAAUAUGGAAUCAGCUCUCGAAGUGGGAAAUGAAGCACGGAAUAUCUCAACUUCGGUGGAAUAUCCCAGGUGGGUACUCCGGAACUUUAGAGACUGGAUCGAAGAAGCUGAUUUUAUUGAGGCUAACAUAAGCGCGCCCAGUGGGUCACGAUACUACACCACCUCAGAUACUAGGUGA